GUGAUCUCUGGAUCGCGCUUGGCGAUUCCCGACACGUACGCCUCCUGUACGAUGCGAUAUGGAGAUGCGCAGUACAAUACAAUACAAUACAAAGACAUAUAUAAGGAUGUGCGACAAUGCUAACGUUGUGCGUGCUGGCGGCGCUGGUGUCCGCCCAGGUGACGUUCAGCAGAGACUGGUCAGGCGGGAAGAGAUCUCCGCCAGCUGUAUUCGACUGUGGACAGUUUGCAAGAAUCUGCCGCCAUUUUCUGCACGAAUUGAAACAAGAGAUGUCCACAGACGACAAACUCAAACACCGCCAACUGGAACCGGAGGACAUCCAAGUUAACUUCGAAGAUGAGAAAUAGUUAAACAGAAUACCUAGCGCUAUCUAACAUUAUUGUAUACUGUACGUACAGUGGACUUUAAAUGAUCUGUAUUUCAUUAUUUAUUAUUGGGAAUUAAUAAACGCUGCGCAACUGA